GGUACACCAGGAGAGUUCACUAACUGUCCUAUAUCUUUUUGUACUAGUGUGAACACUAGACAGUAUAAGACACAUCACAUCUCAACAGUAAUAAUGGAGAUAAUUCUAUCUUUCCUGUCUUUUAUGUUGUUAUUUAAUCAUCUUGAUGGUACUCCUCAGUUCACUACAUGUCCCAGUUCAGUGUGUCUCUCUCAACCAGUUACUUAUGAGUGUAACAGUGGAGCAGAUACUCUUGCAUGGAUAGUACUAGAUACUAAUGGUGAUAGGGUUGGUAGUCCUGUAGCUUAUACUGUGUUUAAUAAUGUUGGUGAUACUGGUUCUAUUGGUGGUCAGUUUAUUACUGUCUUGACUGUUGGUGGUUCUUCUCUUGUUUCUAAUAUAACAUUCACUCCUACUUUAAAUAUGAAUAAUUAUACUGUCCAAUGUGGAGCUGUUGGUACAUUAGUGAACUGUUCUAUAGUAAUAGCAAAUAUUCCAUCUGCUCCUAUUCCUAGUAGUAUCACAUUUUAUUCUGACAGUCUUACCUUCCCCUGGUCCCCAUCAAACAGUUCUUGUUUAUCUCAUUACAAUGUUAAUGUUACUAGUAUUGAAUACACUAUAAGUACUAAUGAUACUAGUCUGAGUUUACCAGUACCUUCAACUAAUGAUACAGAACAUUCUAUUAGUGUAGUAGCUGUUGAUACUGGUGGUAGAUAUAUGGAUCCUGUUGAUCAAAGGACAUUUGUAGCUGAUGUCCCUGAAUUUGUAACUAAUAUACAAUUAAAUCAGACUGAUCUUAGCAUUGAUGUGUCAUGGGAAGAAGUAAAGAAAAUUAUUAACCAAUAUUUUAUGCUUUUUUUGUAG